GUUCCCCCUUCCCCAUUUAAAAAAUCCUCACCUAAGAACAGGCAGAUUGAUCUUAGAGAGGGGGAAGGGAGGGAGACAGAGACGGAGAGAAACAUCGAUGUGCGAGAGAGGAGCAUCUGUCGAUCCGGUGCCUCUCGCAUCUGCCGUGACUGGGGAUCGAACCUGCAACCCAGGCCUGUGCCCUGACCGGGCAUCCAGCAGCGACCUUUCAGUUGACAGGCUGCUGCUCCAACCAGCUGAGCCACACCGGCCAGGGCUGUUCCUCAUUUUAAUCGGACAUUUUGUGUCAGAGACGUCUUUGCAUCAUUUCUACUGACGGUAAAACACAGAAAAUAAGAAUCAGAACGUUCACGUCCCAGCCAGGGAGCUUCGUGUGAACUUGGUGUGAACUUGCACGUACGAAUACGCAUGGGGCCAGCGGCAUCUCUCUCUCUCCCUCUGAUCUUCACGUGGACUUGGCUGUUUAUGGACUUACAGUAUGUUAGACCUGAAAGGAACCGUUGAAAGACUUGGGCCCAAGACCCACUCGUUUCGCCGGCGAGCAAACGGAGGCUCAGAGGAGUGCGCUGGCUUGCCCGGGGCCACCUGGGAAGAAGCUACUUUGCCAGCCACUUCAUCAUGGGAGGAGAGAAGUUCGACUCGACCCACCCCGAAGGUUACCUGUUUGGCGAGAACAGCGAUCUGAACUUCCUGGGGAACAGACCCGUGGCGUUUCCGUACGCUGCGCCCCCGCCCCAAGAGCCCGUGAAGACUCUGAGAAGCCUGAUCAACAUUCGGAAGGACACGCUGAGGCUGGUCAAGUGCGCCGAGGAAGUGAAGACGCCUGGGGAAGAGGCCGGCAAGGCCAAAGUCCACUACAACGUGGAGUUCACCUUUGACACCGACGCCCGCGUGGCCAUCACCAUCUACUACCAGGCCACCGAGGAGUUCCAGAACGGCAUCGCCAGCUACAUCCCCAAAGACAACAGCCUGCAGUCGGAGACUGUGCACUUCAAGCGGGGCGUGUGCCAGCAGUUCUGCCUGCCCUCGCACACGGUGGACCUGUCCGAGUGGGCGGAGGACGAGCUCGGCUUCGAUCUGGACCGGGAGGUCUACCCCUUGGUGGUGCACGCAGUAGUGGACGAAGGAGACGAGUACUUUGGCCACUGUCACGUGCUGCUGGGCACCUUUGAAAAGCACACGGACGGGACCUUCUGUGUCAAGCCCCUCAAACAGAAACAAGUAGUAGACGGGGUCAGCUACCUCCUCCAGGAGAUCUAUGGGAUUGAAAACAAGUACAACACGCAAGAGUCCAAGGUGGCGGAGGACGAGGUGAGCGACAACAGCGCGGAGUGUGUGGUGUGCCUCUCGGACGUCCGGGACACCCUGAUCCUGCCCUGCCGCCACCUCUGCCUGUGCAACACCUGCGCAGACACGCUGCGUUACCAGGCCAACAACUGCCCCAUCUGCCGACUGCCCUUCCGGGCUCUGCUUCAGAUCCGAGCCAUGAGGAAAAAACUGGGCCCCUUGUCCCCAACCAGCUUCAACCCCAUCAUCUCCUCGCAGACGUCCGACUCGGAAGAGCACUCGUCCUCGGAGAACAUUCCGCCCGGUUACGAAGUGGUAUCUCUCCUGGAGGCCCUCAACGGGCCCCUCACGCCCUCCCCAGCGAUCCCCCCGCUCCACGUGCUUGGAGACGGCCACCUGUCGGGGAUGCUGCCUGCCUACGGCAGCGAAGGCCACCUGCCCCCCGUCAGGACUCUCUCCCCGCUGGACCGCCUGUCCGACUGCAGCAGCCAAGGACUGAAGCUCAAACGGAGUCUCUCCAAGUCCGUCUCCCAGAAUUCCUCCGUGCUGCGGGAGGAGGAGGAUGAGCGUUCCUGCAGUGAAUCGGAGACGCACCUGUCUCAGAGGCCGUCGGCUCAGCAGCUCGAAGAGGAGUGUGGCGUCACUCCGGACAGCGAGAACCUGACCCUGUCGUCGUCAGGAGGCAUUGACCAGUCGUCUUGCACGGGGACACCUCUGUCUUCCACCAUUUCCUCCCCGGAAGACCCCGCCAGCAGCAGUCUGGCCCAAUCGGUCAUGUCCAUGGUGUCCUCCCAGAGCCGGCACUCCCAGAUCAGCACCGACACCGUCUCCUCCAUGUCGGGUUCCUACAUCGCCCCCGGCACCGGCACCGGCACCGAGGACGAGGGAGAGGCUUUCCCCUCCCCGCUGGCCGACAGCAGGGCCGCCUCAGAGGAAGGAGAGGUGGCGGCAUCUGCAGACAGCAACUUUGUGGGCCUCGCAGAAGAGCAGGAUGCAGAGGGGAACGACGUGAUGGAGGAAGACGAUGGAUCCCCCACCCAAGAAGAUGGCCAGAGGACAUGCGCAUUUCUAGGUAUGGAGUGUGACAAUAACAAUGACUUUGACAUCGCAAGCGUGAAAGCACUGGACAAUAAGCUGUGCUCUGAGGUCUGCUUACCCGGCCCCUGGCAGGCUGACGACAACGUGGUCAAUUGUCGGAACAUGCAGCGCCGUCGCCUGUCGUCCAGCAGCCUGGAGGACGCCGAGAACAGGCCCUGCGUCUGGGGUCCCUUGGCCGUCUGAGGGCCCCGCCCCCGCGCGCCGGAGCUCCCUCCUGUCCCCAAGUCCCGUCCUGGCCUCAAGGGACCGAGGGCCGCCUGGGCGUCCUCAGCAGGACACACGGAGACUUGCACACCCACGCGGAAGCCAGGUGUGGAGAUCAGCCCGCUCCUGCUCCCAGCCUCGCCUCCCUCCACGGCCGCCAUCCUGCCCCUCCCAGGACGGACCGGAAGCCUCCUUUCUCCUCGCGGCCUGAAACCGCCUGAGGAGCUGCAGCUCGUGAGACCCUUUGCGGAGAGACUCUCUAGAAUGUUCCCACUGCAUCUCGGCCUUCUGGGGGAGCCAAGGGCCACAGGCUGGUUGCUUCCUGAGCAUCCUUCUUCUCCCUGGGGGUAGACCGAGAGCCCCGGAGUCUUCGUGGCUUCACAGCAGACAUCCGCCUGGCAUUCUUCGGUUUCUGGGACAUCGUAACCCAUUCGAACCCUCCUGUUGGAAGGGGGAGUUGGGGAUGACUCCUGGGCAAAGGGAAAGCCCCAUGGCACUCUCAGUGGAGUUUCCUGGUCCUCGAGGACAGGAGAGACGGUGGCAACAGAGAAGACAGAUGGAAAAAACGGUUCUUACUUUUGGCACGUGAGCUGGUGUCUCGCGCCCCGUGUGUCUGUCCGUUUAGGAAGGGGGCCGUGAACUGGAGAAUACCCCCUAAAUGACCACCCCACAGGAGGGUUUCUUAGGAUCAGGGCGCAUCCACGGAGGCCUGGGACUCCACCCUAAGGCAGCAUUUCAGAGCCCGUGGUUUCGACCACCUCCGUGUGAGGGGCGUGUGUGGGCAGCUGUGUCAGCACGACGGCCCUGUGGGGCGGCGUUCUUACCCCUGGUGCCCCGUCUCCACCCUUGCCGUCAGUAGUUUGAUAGUUGAAGAAAUAGGCCGCAAGAGGAGUGGACCAGUGAUCCCCCUGCCUCUGGUACCCCGGAGCCCCAAAGGAAGUGGUAGAAAGCACCAAGCCGGGGCCAGCAGUGGGCUGGGAGCCUCCCCACCCCCCAUACUCACCCCUCCCCAACCUUCCCGUGUUCCUGAGCCCGACAGGAGAAGGGGGAGGCAUUGCCUUCCACCAGCUCAUUCGAGAUUCGGAGACGCUGUCUGUUUGCAUCAGGUGCCCACCCCACCCCGGCCCCGUGCAGGGCGUGCGAACAGAAGCCUGCAACGGCGAGGCUGCGCUGGCCCGCAUGCUGCUGGGUGUUUCUCUGCGCUGAGUCCCCAGCAUUGUGGACCCCUCAUAGCUCUCGGGCAGAUGCUCUGUCCACUGGCUUUCGGGAAAGGUGGUUUUCUCAGUGGAGCCUGGGACCAGGAGGCAAAUCUGGGUCCAGCAAUUUGUGAGGCUGAACUAUGGAGCCUGGGCUGUCCCCAUCCUGAUGGCUUGUCUUAGUAUUGGGAAGUGUCCCUCGAGAAGAGUUUCUCAGGGCCCUUUCCAGGACCUCGCAGAGAGCCCAGGGCCCCGGGGAUCCUUUGCACCACCAGGUGGGCGGGGGACCCUCACACUGUCUAGUGGUCGUGGCUCAUGUUCUGCCCUGGUCCAGGGGGAGGCCCGUUCAUGACAGAUGUGGCAUGAGCCAAGCCCGGCUCUCGGCUGCCCUCUUGAGUUGCCGGCACCCCCUCCCCAACCUCUGCAGUGGACUCUGCGGGUUCAGGCCCGCUUCCUGCCCUCCCCCCGCCCCGUGUGCUUUCAGUCCCAUUCAUAUUUACAAGCUGAGCAAUAACUCCCCUCAUCUUGCAGUUUGAGCCCCAGAAACAUCAGGGAACAGGAGCGUCCCUUAGCCUGGGGUAGCGGGACACAGACCCACCUGCUCUCCCGGCAGGUAGUAUUCACGGUGUGGUGUCACCUGAGACGAAGGAGGUGCAGGUAAACAGUAGCCACAGCGGCCAGGAACCCUAGGAGGAAGCCAUUAUCUUCACCCUUCCUGGGGGGUCUGUGUCUUCUCCCAGGGAGAUUCUGCUAGGGCUUGGUUCCAUCCCCCAGACACCUGGUUAUAGAACAGGCCCUUCAGUCCUUGUUUUUCAGACCCUUCCUAUCCUCCCUGCCCCGGCCCCGCUUCUUUAUUCUCAUCUAGAUCUUCGGCAAACAGUAAAACCCUGUCCAAAGAGGCUGGCCCUCAGUCAGCCUGCCCAGGGAGCAGGGCGGCGGCCAGCCCCACCGCCCCGCCCAUCAUCUGGACACUCGUGUCGUAAGCAAGUUGACCUGGAGAGAGUGGAUGGCCCGGCUCCUCACACGCGAGGGCACUGACUGACCGGAGGCCGGUGACUCCUCCCUGCCACACUCAGGUCGGAGCUCUCCCAUGGCCUCCAGAUGUUGUGGGGCUCCCUGCGCCCCACGAAGCUGCUUCUCCCCCUCCUCCUCCCCAGCUCCAUCCCACCAGGGUUUGUGCCGGCGCGGGAGCGCCUCUGGGGCACGGGCCUGUGAACCUGAGGCCCUCUCACCUGGAGGGAGUUCUGUCCUGUCCACCUGAUCCCGGCACGCUUGUUGCUCACUUCGCUUUAGGAUCUGCACACCUGGCGUGUGCAAGUGUGUGUGUGCAUUGUUGUGCCCCUCUCCCUCCCUGGAGUGACGCUCGGGGGCACGCUACAGUGGGGACAUCGAGGAUGCAAUAUUUACGGAUUGCUGCAUGAUUCUUAAAACUGAAUAAAACUGUUCGC